ACAUUAGACAUCUAUUAAGAUCUUAUGAAUUUAAACAAUUAAAACAGCGUGUAUUUACAUUAAUUUUGACCUAUUUAUGAACAAAACUAAAAAAUAAAUACCUUUUAACAAAAUAAUUGAAAUGUCAUGAUUAAGUCCUCUCAUUUAAUUAAAUUCCUUGUACAGCCAAUAUACAAAUGGCCGCCAUACAGUGCGCGAAAUCUGAUUGGCUAAUUCAAAUGCAAGCGUUUAAAUGAGUCCAGAAGUUUCUAACGGAAUAUUUUUUCAACAAAAUAAUUGCCCAUGCACCGUCAGUGUGUUUGAAUAUAUUUUUCCGUUCAAAAAAUUAAAAUCAAUCUGUAAAACGUACUUAACCAGUAUGGCCAAUGAGCGAAAUUGACUGGUAUUUACAUUUUAUUUUUUAAUUGAUAAGUACUGGUUAGCGACCUACAAAUCCGGACGUCCACCAAUCCGGACACCCGCGUAAACGCUUUAUUUUCGCGAAAAAUUUGAUCAACUGUUGUCGAUCACUCAAGCGCUUGAUUCUGCAGCAACCAAAAUCAACAACUUCAACGAUAUGUAAGUAUAAUUGAUGAAAAUGCAAUAUUUACGUUUGUCUGCGAGUUCGCUGUGUGCCUACUCGCGGGGGAAGUCAAAUAUAACGCAAUGCGCAUGCGCAAAUUUUUUGCUGAGGCCCGGACAAGUUUAAAGGGGUCAACUUUAAGAAAAUAUGAAGCAGACGAACUUUUGCAAAAAGAUAUAUAUUAACUAUAACUUACUUAGACAUACCCUACAACUUAAACGUAUCAUUUUAUGAAAGUGCAUAAUGUUUUGUGCAAAUACAUAUUAUGAAAACAAAUUUUAAAUAAAACAGGGACGGGUCACGCCAAAUUUUUCAAUUCAAGGGAGGUAACUCGCACUAUUUCUCCCUAAUAUUUAAAAGAAGGAUUGUCUUUCUUUGCAAAUAUUAAAUAACGUUGUGCUGAAGCCGUGCUUUUUGUUUUAUUUUGUGUAUGUGAUUAAAAAAUGUAGUUCACAAUAUAAUUUAAUUGAUGACUCGCUUAUAAUAAUGUUUGUAGAUCUAAUAUUAAUUAUUUAUUGAAAUAUCUAAAUGCCGACUGACCGUGACUACUUAAUUUUUUCUCAAUCACAGUUCCCAAAAUGCAAGCUAGACAAUAUACCGCAGACAGCCUGCAGAAGGCAAUUUCUGCUGUGAAACAAAAGAAACUGAAAACGAGGACAGCAGCAAGAGAAUUUGGAGUGCCGAAAAGCACGUUGCACGACAGACUGAAAGUGAAUUCAUCUCACGUAAACAUGAAAAAAAUGCCCCGCCUCCUUACUACUGAAGAAGAGAAAGCAUUGGUAGCUUUUAUCCAGUACAUGGCUCAUCAGGGGUUUCCCAUGACAAGGACGAUGGUUAGGUGCUAUGUUCGAGAAAUCCUCAAACGUAAAGGUAAAUUAGAAACCCGAUACGAUUAACACUUUAACACUCGUAAGAGGGGUUGGCAGUAUCCAGAGAUAGAUAGAUUAAGUUACUUUAGACAUGUUUAUAUAAAGACGCCAGUCAUCAAACGCUAGUAAUGAUUUGAAAUAUCUUUUUAAAAUGUUCAUAUAAAAUUUAAAUAGUGCAUGUGUUGUAGGCUUAUAUAAAUUUAGAAAUGUACACACAUAUAUUUGAAUUCAAUUUUUAGGACGGGAAACAGCCAAUGCUGGACAAGGUCCGUCGGAUAAAUGGUUUAGGGCAUUCAUGAAGCGUAAACCGAUGCUUUCUGAAAGAACGCCUGAAAAUCUUGAUAAAUCAAGAGCACGGAUGUCAAGCCAAAAAACCAUGGAUGGUUGGUUCAGCCUUCUGGAAUCAAUUCUAGACGAAAAUGACUUGAAAAAUAAAGAGUCACAGAUUUUCAAUGUUGAUGAAACUGGGUGGUCGGGGAAAGAACGGUCGCGGACAAAAGUGCUCGGGCCAAAACAGGGACACGUUUUCGCAAAUAAAAACAUCAGAAAUGACCACGUCACGGCGAAUCUCUGUAUAUGCGGAGAUGGAAAAAUACUGCCGCCAAUGAUCAUUUAUAAAGAAUCCUACCCGCAUCGAAAUUUCACUGAAGGUAUUCCAGACUCGUGGAUUUUCGGUACAUCUAUGUCUGGGUAUAUGGACGGGGAACUUUUUCUGUCGUGGUUUAAAAGAAUUUUUCUCUUGAACUGCGGCAGAGAAAAACCCGUUCUUUUAAUACUUGAUAAUCACGACUCUCAUGUGACGCUGCCAUUAGUUGAGACAGCUCGUGCAAACAACGUAAUAUUGGUUGGAAUGCCUGCACAUACAACGCAUAUAUUGCAACCAUUAGAUGUGAAGGUUAAUGCACCACUGAAGAGGAGAUUCAGUUCCCUAGCCACCAACCUGGGCUUUGCUAAUCCAAACUUAACGAUAAGCAAGGGGAAUUUUCCAGUUGUUUUAAGGCAUGCACUGGAACAGACUACACCGUCAUCUGUAAGAGAAGCGUUCCGGCUCACGGGCAUUAUCCCAUUUGACCCUCAGGCAAUCGACAAAAGUCAACUUAUACCACCAACUUUUGUGCAAAGAAAUGAAGAAAGUAAGUGCUUUUUUCUGACAUUUCACUUUUAUACAAAUGAACUAUCCGUGUAGGUAAAAUAUUCAAUACACCCAUGUUUCUAUUAUACUUGAAUAUAAUUAUGUUUUAAAUAUUUGUUGUCAUCAUAAUGUUCGGUUCCUCCGGACUUGUUCAUUAAUAAUAUACCGCAUGAAUAUUUUUCAGCCGGAAGAACAGAAAGUACUAAUGUGCGAACAUGUGAAUCGUGUGGCUCCUUCCUAGUUAACCCAUUGAUAGACCAAGGACUUAUUCCUGCAUCUAUGGCACAAAUCUUGAUCCCUCCAUGUAAUGCCCAAAUGAAAGUAAAUCCUACCAAAAAAUCCCGGGUUGUGGCAGAGGGGCGUGUCAUUAGCGGUGACGAAAUGGAAAUACUUAAACAGUUAAAAGUAUCUAUUCUAAACCAUAUAUUACUAGUAGUUUAUUGCAUUAAAAAUAUACAUGUAUUAACUAUAAUGACAAAAUAGAAAUCGAUUUGACAGAGAUUAAAUGUUAUGUGAAAUAUUUUUCACGGCGUUAGUAUUACAAAAAAUUGAUGUUUAUAGAUAUAUUAUAGAUAUAUUGUUUUAGUAAUUAAUCAAUUGUUUUAUAUUUAUCAGUGUGUAUUUUCAAGUAAUUAUUUUACUUCCAUUGUUCUAAAAGCAAAGUUCAAUACUUACCACCUUCCUACUUACCUGACUUCUUAUAUAAAGAUACUGACGGAAUGGAACAAAGGUCGAGAGCUGUUGGUACUUAUAGCAUUAUAAUUUGUUGUGUAUUUGACUGCGCGUAUCUUUCUGCCAUUUUUACAGUGAAACAAACGUUAGAGUAAUUUGCUGAUCGAAAAAUUAAUAUAAAGGGUAUAUGGAUGUUUCAGGAAAAGGAAGAAAAUGCAAGAAAAUUGGAGGAGGCAAAAGAAGAAAGGCGUAAGCUAAAGGAAUUCAGAAAGGAGCAGAAAGAAAGGGACAUUGAAGAAAGGCAACAUAAGAAACAGAAAAAGACAGAAGAGAAGGAACGUCGAGAAAGACAGAAGAAAGAUGAACAAAUUAGGAGAGCUGUGUGUGGACGAUUGGCUAAUAGAAAAUUUACGUGUGGAGUGUGUGGGGAGAGAGGUCGGAUGAAUGACGAGUUAAAUGGUGUGAUGUGGUAUGGUUGUGAUGAGAGUAUGUGUGAGAAAUGGUAUCAUGAAGAAUGUUUAAGUAUGAAAGAGAGAGAAUGUUUAAGAGUGAGUAUGGAAGAGAAGAGUGACUGGUACUGUGGCAAAUGUAAACCCUGGCUGUACCAAGAGGAAUAAAUGUUUCAUUCAUGUUAAUAUGUGUAUAUAUGUGUAUAAAUGUGAUACUUUCAUAUGUAAAAUUGAAAUAAAUAUUAUUUGUAUUUUUACCAAAGAUGAAAGGAUAUAAUAUCAAAUUACUGAUAAAGAACUAGAAAUCAUGUUAGUUUCCUUUUAUUCUAAAACCAGGUGGUAACGAAUGUCACGUCUAUAAUUGACAUAAAGAUUCGUAUAAUAAACAUAACAAUUCAGUCUUCCUUUGGUAUUUAAGUUAAAAUCAACGCAUAUGAUGAUGUUUCAACGUCAGACAGAGAGACAUAUUACCUGUGAAGUUGCAUGAGCUCUUGGUCAUUUUGCAUAUUACCGCUAAGGCUCCCACGUUUACAAUUUUUUGUAAACGUUUACACGACUGCUCAGAACCGAAACGAUACCGUUUAAACGGUGGUACCUCUAUGUACUAUAUAUACACACCAUAUACUUGAGUCGCCAAAUGAUGUCUUUCUUUCUAUUUU